UCACAAUGUAACCACUAACCAUAGAUAUUGACAUCUGUGUCAAAUUCUUUUUCUUGAUCCCGGUUCUAAUAUCAAAUGGCUCCACCGAAGCCCAAGGAGGUGGCCAAGGCGCCUGCAGCGCCUGCUGGCGGAGUCGCGAAGAAGCCUAAAUUUGGCGUACCGAGGAAUUAUGAUUUGGGCAAUGGAGUUGUCCGUUUCUCCAAGACUAAAAUGUUCCACAAGAAGGCCAAGUACAAGUUCAUUGGUAAGAAAAACCCAAAGGCUGAAAAGCCCAAGAAACCCACAGUGGUGGUUAAGCAAAUCGGCGGUGAGAAGAAUGGUGGGACUCGUACAGUGCUUCUGCGCCGCAGGAAAUCUUUCUACCCCACUCAGGACAAGAUCACUACUCGCUCCCACCACAAGACUUUCAGCAAACAUGUACGCCGGACCAGGCCGAACCUGACGGUCGGUACGGUGUGCAUCUUGCUGGCUGGUCGGCACGCGGGCAAGCGCGUCGUACUCGUUGGUGUGCUGCCCAGCGGCCUGCUGCUUAUUACUGGACCUUUUGCUUUCAACUCGUGCCCGCUGCGCCGCAUCCCUCAGCGCUAUGUGAUCGGCACCUCAACGAAGGUGGAUCUGGGCGACUUCAAGCUGCCCAAGCACCUCAAUGACGAUUACUUCAAGAAGAACAAGAAGAGCACCAAGCGCAGCGUUAAGCGCAAGGAGGGCGAGGAUAUAUUCGCUAGCAAAAAGGAGAAAUACGUUCCAUCAGAGCAGAGGAAGGCCGACCAGAAGUCGGUUGACGAAGCAGUCAUCAAGGCAAUCGGUUUACGCGCUGACAAGAAGCUGCUGCGUGGGUAUCUGAGGUCCGCGUUCGGUCUGCGCUCCAGUCAGUACCCGCACAGGAUGUGCUUCUAGAUGUAGGCCACAAUAAAAUAUAACACAAGA